AUGGGGAAAUCGGAGUUGGUACCAAAAACACAACACAAGAAGAGGGUACGGCCAAUCUCCAAUCCCCUCUACUCCAAUGAUGAGGUCUUUUUCUGCAACAUACUCAAACAUCAUGAUAUGCGCUUUGGAGAGCAGUUUCCUACCUUUGAUCGUCUCUUUUCCGUAUCUUUCGAGCACGAGGAAAGCUUUUAUCUGGGAUGUCAAACUUUCUAUGCCUUCAACUUGGAAUUUAUGAAUCCAGAUAGUUGUAAGAAAUCCACCGAAGUUGCUCCUUCUACUUGUCAAGUGGUGGUUCGGCCCAAAUCUUACAGAAAGCCUGCUAAAUAUGACAUCCAACCAUUGACGCCGAUUGACGAGUCCAGCGAGUCCACCGAAUCUAUCGAAGAAAGAACGAGAAAUGGCCGAGCUUUCUCUCCAAAAAAAAUGUCUCCUGUCCAUGGUUUUGAUCAUUGGAAAGAUGAACAGCGGGGGAUGCUCUCUUCACUAAUGCCUGCUGCGAUUCCAAACAACGAAACUUCGUCGCUUGGCGUCCCACAUUAUUCAAUCCCUCCUUUAUCCCCGAUGUCGAAGAUGAUUCAGGAUCUUGAGUACCCGUCAUUGUCGGUACAUGGUAAGUCGUUGAAGUCAGCGAUCGCUAACAUCCAUGGAAUUGAAUCAAAUGACGGUGAUGAAAUCCACGCCAUGUUUAUUCACCCCAUUGCAGCGAACCCCGCAAUCAAAGUACCUGAUGGAGCUCAACCGACCUCUCAAUUUCCUAAUCUCAUAUACGACGCUCGAACCGAUCGAUAUAUCAAGAAAACAAAGACUGGAAUUGAAAGAGAUUUUAAACUCAAUGAUGAUCUAGCAGUUGAUGACAUGCAUACAACAGCUACUGAAGCGAGAGAAGAAAAGGGCAUAGUCUUGAGUCGAAUCACGGAACUUCCCGAGGCGGCAAUCAUGAAGUAUACAAAUUCAGAUUUAACAAUGGCAGUUCGACCUCUGAGGAUGAAGCCACAAGUUCAAGACAAUGGUUUAUACCGGGAAGUUAAGGUUGGUCUUGGAAACGAAGGUGCAGAAGAUGAUGCUAAGGGACAUUUACGAAUGGCUUCAGAACCAGAACGACUUGUAAUUCCAGGAGCAGAUGAACAUCUUGGCAGAUUAAGCGCCGAUAAGAUACCUAUCAAGAGAAUCGCAAGACAUCCAUCUGCGAAUAUGACCCGGAAACUGGAAGACUCUCCAACUUUAUCUCGCAGGAAUUCCCGCCGCAAAAAGGCUGGCCCAAUCUACUUGCCAGCUUGUGCUGAGAACGAAAAUGGAAUCCCAAGAAGACCACUUUUCACUUCAGACAACACAGGAUCGCCAUCACCAAGAACUCAUCUAGUUCGUUCGCCCCCGCCGAUGGAUCGUCCAUAUCGUCAUAUCAGUCAACUAUCCAUCAACAAUACGUCUGGCAUUGAUGCCCUCCCAACACAAGAUCGUGGUUCUGUUGAAAGUGAUCUUUCUUCAGUCGCGGUUGAUGUUAAUUCUCUUGUACCGCCAACAGUCACUAAAACAUCUCCAGAGGUCAAUAUCACUUCUGUCAUGCCACAGUCGAGAACCACCAAAUCCCCGACUACCCCCGAGGCUCCAACAAAGGUUCCAUCCUAUACCCUUAACCUCCCUCGAAUCUUCUCAUCUCCAUCACCAAUCGCUCCACCGCCUAAACUUGCGUCCGCAGUUCCGGCUGCUCCCAUCCCAAAUUCUGACUUCACAGACAUCCAGCCUCUUCCUAUCUCUAAUCAGAAAAGUGGUAUUACUUCAUCAACAUACUCCCUUUACACCCCCGAAUCCUCUCCCCACAAUAGUGCUCAAGUAUAUGCUCCGCUGUCCAGGAAUUUUAGCAUCCCAUCUCCACCAAGUACGCCAACGACUGGUCUUUUCCGCUCCGACACAAGUAAUACAAAAAACACAGUGAGUACCGUGCCAAGUACACCCACUCAAGGUGUCUACAGCCACAGCCGCCACAAUACUUAUUCGACAGAUCUCUCUAGCAUCUCGUCACCAAUUACUAGCCCGAUUUACAAAGCCAGGCCAUCAUUUGAUUUUGAUCCCUUCCGGAUUCCUAGUCCGUCCCUCAAUGCUUUUUCAUUCCCACAUACCACUCCAUCAGUUAAGCCAUCACCCAUACCCUGUUCCGGCAGCAAUCUCAGCGAGGAAAGCAUUGCUUUAACUGAACAUCUAGUCCGAGAAGGUAUCUACGGCGGUAUUGUCUACGACGUCGCUGCUUCUCCCAAUCUCUAUCCCAUCUAUCCAGAACCAUUUGUCCCCCAUCUUACCAAAAAGCUCACUCCCGCUCAACUUCAACGCAAAAAGAAACUCGCAGCUCGCAAACUCCGAUACGCGCUCCGAAAGCGCGAAAAGAAGGAGAAAAGAGAGAAGAAAGCCGAAGCGAAACAAGCCAAAACGACGCUUAAAAAAGUAAAAGCCCGAACUAGGAAAGCAAAACUAGCAGUGCAGAGUAAGAAAGGAACAUUGAACUAUCUUACCAUUCGUGUCUUCUUCAGGGGCUUAGGAAAGGGAGUUGUGAUGAAGUGGCACGGAGCUAAACGCAGAUUGGGACAAGUACAGUUCUCGAAGAUUUUGGGUGCAAGACUGGAGAAACAGGUGGUGGGGGAUGAGUAUGAUUUUGUUUGCAGGGGAGAAAGUGAGCAUAUGAGUUGGGAGGAUGUGAGGGUGAGUGGUGGGGGUUUGGAGCCGGUGAUGAGUAGAGAGGAUCGAGAGAUGACAGAGACGAAGAUGAAGGAGUGA